AUGGAGAAGGUGUGGAACGUUGGUAAACCAUUAGAAUUUCAUGAUAUUGGGAAUACAUGCUUUGUUAUCUCUUUUGUCAAUCGAAGAGAUAAGGUGAGAGUUCUUAAUGGUUGUCUAUGGCUGUUUGAUAAUCUUUUGUUUGUUCUUAAGGAUUUUGAUGGUGAAAGGCAGCCUAGUCAGCUUGAUUUUGAUCACACUUGUCUAUGGGUGCAAAUGCUGAAUUUACCUCUGAGCUAUAUGAACAAGAAAAUGGGAGAGGUUAUUGGAAUAUCUUUGGGGGAGGUUAUGGAGGUAGAUGUACAAGAGGAUGGUGUGGCUUGGGGGAGGUGUUUGAGGGUGAAGGCGGAGUGUGAUUUAAGAAGGCCUUUAGCUCGUGGAAGAACCAUUAUUGUGGAGGGAAGAUCUAGCUGGGUGCCAUUUCAGUAUGAGAAACUGUCUAGGAUUUGCUUUAAUUGUGGAAGGAUUAUGCAUGAGAAGGAUGGAUGUAAGGAAGGGGAAGGGAAUUCUGGUCAAUAUGGUGCUUGGCUGAGUGCUAUGCCUCAAACCAGAAGAGGCAAUGCUAAGGGCAUGAAUUAG